AUGGAGGUGGAGGAGGAGGAAAGACGCUCUUCACACGAUCAUGUGGAUCGGUGUGUUCCCGAGAGCUUCUUUGAUCGCGUAGCGCAAGGGUUACGCGACGAUCUCGAACAUGAGCGAAAUAGGCGUCUCCAAAUGGCGGACACUGCCUUGAAGCAUCGAGCUGAGUUUGCCUUUGCUCAGCUUGAGAACGAGAGAUCUCUGACAUCUCUUCGUGACGAGCUAAGGGUAGAUCGUGGGAUUGCUGAUCGGUCUCGGGAUGAGAUAGCUGCUCUUCAGACCCUUGUUGAUGCCCACCAUCGGGAGCACAAGGCUCUCUGUGAGAUGCUUGAGCGCAAGGGCGUUCUUCAUCGGAAGAAGCAGCGUACUGAUGGUACGGCUUAA